AAAUGGAAAGGUUUGUAUUUAUCCCUCAAAAACUAGAACCUACGAGAUUCUUCUCUUGGCACACACUUUUACACCUCAUACACACACUCACCGUGAUACAUAUAUUGAUACACACACACACCCUAUGGGGGAGAUACGCAGUCCCUCCGCCGGCAGCAUUGCGCCUCCGGCAACCUUUGUUCUUUGUUGAAAGUGGCACCCUCUCCUCGUCUCCCUCUCUGUCUCGAUCUUUCUCUUGCUACUCACAAACAUAUGGUACUUUUUGUGGCUGAUCGACUAUUUCUAGCCGUCAUUACUUGAUUUCAGCGACAAUAGAUUAGCUUUGUCUCCCAUUUGUGAGGAGAUUGUUACAAAUGACUACUUAAAAUAUAGCUGCUCAACUAAUUCAUUACACAAGAACUUCUAUUCAGAUUUUUGUCUUUGUGUUUGUGUGCUUUAGAGAAAGGAAGCAAAUAUCACUUGCAAAAAGCUCUAGCUAACAGUUUCAUGUAUCAAAAGCUGGCUUAAGAGAUGAACAGAUAAAUUUGAUCAAAGAUUUGGAAAGGAAAGAGACGGAGUACAAGGACGGAGUUCAAGAGACUGAGAAAAAACAAGAUAUGUGUAGAUGAUAAAUUUGCCAACAACAUUUCCACUAGACAUGAGACUAAGGAACAUGAAUCAUUAUUUGUUACUAUUAACUAAAGUUUUAGAAUUUGUAUUGAUGCUCAAUAUUAUUACGCUUUGGUCUUAUGAGUAAUUAAAGAGUAUUGGUGUAUCUAUUGUUACUUUUAUCAUGAAAUAUGUACUGAUUUGUUGAAAAAAUUAUCGCAAUAGGGUGGGUAUAAAAUAAAAUAAAUAAAAUGAAAAAUCUGUAUAAAAUAGUGGCGGAUUCAUUCUGCCACUAAAUAGUAUUAUAUAGUGGCGGAAUAGUGGCGGAAACAAGUUCCGCCACUAAUAAUGGCUCACCCAAAUCCGCCACUAUUUUAAACUUUUAGUGGCGGAAUUGCUCUGGCGGACUAUUUUCCGUGGCUAAUCCGCCACUACAUUUCUGUGGCGGAAAAUAUUCCGCCACUGAUAUUUUAGCGGCGAUUAUAUUGCCGCGGCUAUGUUCCGCCACUAACUCGUUUAGUCACGGAAAAAUCACUAUUUAGUGUUUAUAAUAAAAAAAAAAUUUAUCUUCAAAAUUAAAAAUGUUUUACUAGUAUAUUAGUCAAAUGUAUUUAGAUAGUCAAAGUUUUCAAAUUUAAGUAACACAUGUCAUCUUAUCUAUAUAUCUUAACAUUACAUUUGUUAGAAUUGUCAAUGGCGGCCUUGAGAUUUUAUUUUUCUUCUAAAUCUUCAAAACUAUUAAUUUUAAAGUACUAUUAGUUCUUUAUUAAGUAAUCUAUACUUUUCAGACUGGAGACCUGCCAAUAUUUUCUUUAUAUAAUUAUUUUAUAACACGAAAAUAUUAAUCGUGAAAAUGACUACAUAUAUUUUUUUUGUUAAAGUAUACUCCUCCGUACUAUAUUGUCGCGAAACAAAUUCAAGUACCCCAAUUAUUGUUAAAUUUUCCCAAAUUUCCACGUGGAAUUCGACAUUUCUUCAAAAAGUUGGCGCUGAAACCUGACAAUGGCGAUUUGUGCUGACAGAGGAGGCUGCCCCAGCGACUAUGUUGCCGUCUCCGUCGCUAUACUCUCUGUAAUCCUGCUUCUUGCAAAGGCUGGUGUGCCCUAUCUAAUUCAUAAGAUCCCGAGACCUAAAGGCAGUGGCUUUUGGCUUGUAGCAAUGCAAGUUAUUGCCAGUUUCAACCUUUUACUAUCGAUUGUGAUGGCCCUUGGUUUUUUGAGGUUCAGAAGGAAGCAUUGGUGGAGUUCUUGCUAUAUAUGGGCUGUUUGGGUCGAAGGUCCAUUAGGAUUUGGCUUGCUGUUGAGUUGCCGUAUUGUACAAGCAUUUCAACUGUAUAACUUAUUUGUUAAGAGACGUUUGCCACCCAUCCGGUCGUUUAUAUUUCUUUCACUGGUUCUCUUUCCCUGGAUUGUGGGUUCGGCAAUUAUUCAAAUCACCCAGCCUCUAAACCACCGUUGCCACAUGAAAACUUAUUGGAUCAUCCCAGUUAUUUCUGUUCACGCUCUGUAUAUUGCUGCUUUGGUUGGAUUUACUGGAGCAAUUCAGCAUAUCGAGUUUAGAUUUCAUGAACUCAAGGACCUCUGGCGAGGAAUUCUCGUCUCAGCUUGUUGCAUCGGAGUAUGGGUGGUCGCUUACACUCUGAACGAGAUCUAUGAAGAUAAUGCAUUGGUCCAAAUCAUUUCAAGAUCUGUAUUACUAAUCAUGACAAGUUUCCUUCUACUGGCAUUCUUCUCUAUGUCAAUAUCACAACCACUUGCCUCACUUUUGAGCUCGAUGAAAAACGACCAACAGGAUUACACCAUGAUGGGCCGGGCCCUCGGCAUUCCUGACAGUGGUCUUUUAGUACAACAGGAAUCAACACAGUCGAUAAAUCCUAACGAUCCUUUGGAUAAGCUUCUUGAAAACAGAAGAUUCCGUCAGUCAUUUGUUAAGUUUGCAGAUAGCUGUUUGGCAGGGGAAAGUGUCCAUUUCUACGAGGAGCUGCUGCAGCUCGACAAAAUCCCAGUUGACGAUCAUGUCAGGAGAAUCUAUAUGGCACGCCACAUUAUUGACACGUAUAUCACUCCCGGUGCAACAAUGGAGGUGAACAUAUCUCAUCGUUGUAGGCAAGAGAUCCUAUCAACUCCAGAUUUGGCACACCCGGACCUCUUCAAGAAUGCGUUGAUUGAGUUGAUUCAGUUGAUGAAAAUGAAUUUGGCCAAUGAUUAUUGGUCAUCGACUUUCUUCAUAAAACUGAAAGAAGAGGAGAUGGUGAAAACAGCCGACUAUGAGCAAGAACAGAGCAGUUGGAACUCCUCGCACCGGCUGAGCUCAGUGCAUUGUGCUGAUGACCCUUUCCACCAAGAACACAGUCCCUGCAAGUUGAGUUCGAGUAGCCUUGAACUAGAGCUGCAGUGACCAUCCGCCUUCCUAAAUCACACGCAUAACACGAGCACUUUCUAGGUCUGGGAUGAGGUCGGCUGCUUCCUGUGGAUAGCAGCUAACAUGACAUGGCAGAAAUUGGAGACGGGGGCACUUCUGCUUCCAUAUUCGAGAUGUAUGUUCUUCUUUACCUGCUAAAAUUUUUGGUGUUCAAUUAUAUAUGGAGUAGAAUAUGAGUUUAGCAGCUUUUUCUUGGAAAUUAAUGUUUAGUGUAUUUGUUAGGCAUUUACAUUUUAUAGUAAAGGAGGAAGGAAACCAGUAAGUGUUGGUAGAUUUCUAGGUUUCAAGUUUCUUCCUUUUUUUUGUCUGGAUGAACAUAAAAGGCUGCUUCACGGUUAUGUAACCUUAUGUAAAUGUCUUAGUCUCUAUUAGGAAAUGAUAAUUUACUGUCACA